AUGCAGUACAAGCUCAUUGUCGCCGCCCUCACUUCAGUCCUCGCCGUGGGCGUUUCCGCGAUGCCAGCCCCAGAGGCAGCUCCCAAUGCCCUCGCUCUUCCAGUCGCCGCUCCUGAGGUAUGGAGUUGAGACCCCAGACUCGACGUUGUAACCACUGAUCGACAUCUCAGGUCGUCGAGCAUGCACCCCUCGAAGCUCGUUCCGAGAUGAGCGACAUGGCAGCUGCUCAGAAGGCUUACAUUCAGGCCACUCUGGACUACGCCGCGAAGGCCAAAGAAUUCAAGCAGAACGGUGGCCUUCAAAAAUGGCAGCAAGAGAAGCAUCAGAAGCGUGCCGAGCAGGCAGGCCAAUGGUACGGACCUCAAGGCUAUUACUCCGGCAGCAAUGGUUUCGAAGCGCAAGGCACCAAUCGCCAAUCUGGACAGGGCUUCGGCAUUUCUCUCUUGGGCCUCCCUCUUUUGAGCCUUGAUUCGAGCCAGUACGGCAACGCUCAUUUUUACGAUGUCUAUGGAAACAAUCAAUAUGGUGGGUCGUCCUAA